UAUAAAGAGAGAAGUCACUUGAGUCCUCCACACACUCAGGAUGAAAAUCCUUCUGCUGAUCACUCUGCUCACAGCAGGUGCUACUACAUCCCGAGUCAGACGUCAGGCUGGGUGGCAGUAUGGCAGUCUGUUCCACUGCACCGUACCUUUGGUUUUUUCCUUCACGCAGAACCACUACUAUGGCUGCCUCUGUGGCUUUCUCAGCAGGGUCACCCAGGUGGAAAAGAGGUGCUGCCAGACUCGUGACAACUGCUAUGCUCAAGUCAAGAAGGUGGAAAGCUGCAAAUCCCUCAUAGAUAACCCUACGAAGCUUCUAUACAUACUUGUGCUCUGGGAAUAA